GACUGCGGACAUUGUAGCCGGAAAGCGGGAACACAAACUUGGCUCAACUUUGGGAUUUACUCAGUUCAUCAAAUCACGCUGUGAACCAAAUCCACCAUGAUAAUAGUUUAGUAUCUACCUAUUUGUUUAACCAUGUUUUGGCGGUUACAACAAUGAUUUCCUUCGGUAAUCAACAUGAACAGCUGAUUGUUUUCUAAAACGACGUCUGCAUAAUAUUCGAGGGAACUCCAGACAUUUCAUCACACUGACGGCCAGUUCAGCAUCACUGAGCCUUAUGUGUUAUAUAUUUAUAGGAAUAUCAAUACCACGGAAGAUCUGAUUAUCAAAAUGGAUUUUGUAUUGACCAGUACCCGGAUAUAUAACUACUGUGACUGACAUUAUGAGGAUUACAAGUGUUACUAGCCUCGUGGAAGGAUAAACAGGACCAGGGGGUGUGUGUCAAAUGUAGGCCUUAUGAAUGAGAUGAUUCAAAAGAAAACAACGAAACGAAUGCGCACUUGAAGAAUGAAGCAAAAAGAUGGUGACAAGCAUAAACCUAGUACAAGUUAUAGUUCCAACAAAGGGAAGCGGAAACUGGAGUUUGAUAAGAAGACAAGUAACUUGCCACUUUCAGGGAAAAUAGUGUAUCUUGAUGUGAAAGAUGUUCGCCAAUCCAGGAGUCUUGAGGAGAAACUUAAGCAGCUUGGAGGGACUAUUGAGAAGUUUCUCAUCAAAGAUGUGAACUACGUCAUAUCCAGCAAUGCUCCAGCCAGUGGUCAGAAGAAAGGGGAGAAGGGUCAAGACCGGCCGGACAGCCCUGCCUUCCAGUCCACGCCUAGUCCCUUCAGCAUGGGGCAGUCUCCAUCACCGACUGCUAUUGAAGCGAAGAAGGAAACUGUGACACGGGGAAAGGCCAUUCUUCAGAUUGCAAAGAACAAAAGCUCACAAACCAGCGUUGCAGACACGGCAAAGAAAAUGGGUAUCAAAAUUGUGUCCCUAAAUGGAGCUAUAACAUGGCUAGAUAAAGAGAUCCGCAAAAUAAAACCGGCACCAGUUUCAACUUCCAACAAACAGGAAACAAGAAGAAGGGGCACUAAAAUUCAAAGAUUGAAGACUCCCUACGUAAAGUUUGAGGCGGAGAGUUGUCACUAUCGUCCCAUCAUGCAACAGUUGAAGACAUGGCCUCACUUCAACACGGAGACACCACAAGGAACUUGCCCGUUUGACGGGCGGGCUCUAGGGAGGCCUCAGAACUCGGAGAGGGGUGACCGGGAGGAGGCGGUGGGGGUGGGGAACGUCCUGUCCCCAGGGACCCCACAAGCCCAGAGAGAUGAUCUGUCCGGGGCUCAACAGGUUAAGUCACAGAGUAAGACGGCUAAGCUAGACGAGCCCAGUAACUGCAAGAUGUUUGGUGUGCCGAUUGUGACAGCCGGGGAGAUCAAGCGAGAGCGAGAGCGACGGAAGCGGGAGAACAAGCGGAAGGGAUACUGCGAAUGUUGCAAAGAAAAAUAUGAUGAUGUGGAUAAACAUAUGAGAGGACUUCAACACAAGAACUUUGCACGGAACAAGAAGAAUUUUGACUGCAUAGAUACACUGAUCCACAAAGGCCCCAACACUGUCUCAUUUCUACAGCGGAUCCUGCUCCGACACUGCGUGCAAAAGGCUGCCAACAGAAACAAAGAUUGCAGCUCACAAGCCUGUGAUGAUGGAGAGGUUUUGUUGAUUGAAGAAUGCUCCGAAAAACAAAGUGAAAAGGGCGGAGCCUCAAACCUCCCCCCAGAGCAACUGAGAGUAAAACGCAAGAUGAAUAGGAGACUUAAAUAUGACCGAAAAAUUGAAAAAGUCACUGUUGAAAAAACGAAACUUAACAAGAAUGUUGAAACGUGUGAGUCUAGACUAGGGAUUGUCCUUGACGGGCAGCACCAUCAUCACUCAUCUCCUAGGAAACCCCGAUCUGGUAGCUUUCCCAGAGUCGGUCGAGAAAGUUGUGAAUUGGAGUCCACGUCGGCUGUUGUGAUACGGCGGUCGGGGUCCAGGGGAUUGUAUGGGUCACCACGGCGGUCACAAUCUGCAUCCGGGUCGGAAAAAACAUUGAUCAUUCGAGACUCGCCAAUAGCAAGCUUGCAGCCUUUGAAAGAUUUUCUCAAAAGACAUUCCACAAACACAGGUGUAAGAGAUGGUGAGAAAUCAUCCAGGUUUGAUGAGGCUGGUGGAAAAGAAUCCAGGAAACGGAAAUCUGGUGCUAGCAGUUCGCCAGUGCAGGAGGAGAAACGACACAGACAGUCAGACCCGACUCCAGUGGGUGAUUCCACGUCGGGGGAAGUAGUACUGACUAAACCGUCAAAAUGUAACAGGCCUGAUGGUAAGAAGGGUGGGUCUGACGCAGUGAGUGAUAAAAUUGUACAUUCACAGCUAGAGAAAUGUGUCAAGGACAAGCCAGACAGAGAACAUUCAAGGGUCACUCGGUCCAGUCCAAGGAAGCGCCUUGACAUUGAUAUUGAAAGUAAAGUAACAAGUCCCAGGAAAAGCAACAGACUAUCAUUUCAAACAGAAAACAUGAGUCCGUUAAGUGACAUUGUAAUGAGGGCAGAAAAUGUGAUAGAAUUGUCUAGUAAGAGUGUUGUGGUGAUUUCCAAGCUGGACAUGGAGUCUGCUGACUCGCAGCUGUCUCUGACGAGUACUGGGAGCCCUCGCCGGAGGUCUUGGAAGAACAAGCAGAAAGAUUCUUAUUGUGAAUCCGAGCAUGUUGAGUCCCAUGAUGAUCAGGGACGUGUGGAUGGAGAUGAUCCUGACUCAAAAGACAGAUGUAAAUCUCGCUCCAAGCCACGAAAAUAUCGUGACUGUGGAAAUGAUUCUGAGGUUGAAGCUGAUGUAAUUGUGGAAAAGCCUACAGAGGUGGAUGAACAAAGAUCUCGUUCAAAGAAGAGAAAAGAUAGGGACUGUGGUAAGGGUUCACAAGCUGAUGAUGAAGCAGAUGUCGAAGAGUUUAAAGAGAAGGAUGAUCAAAGGUCUCGUUCAAAGAAGAGAAAAGAUAGGGACUGUGGUAAGGGUUCACAAGCUGACGAUGAAGCAGAUGUCGAAGAGUUUAAAGAGAAGGAUGAUCAAAGGUCUCGUUCAAAGAAGAGAAAAGAUAGGGACUGUGGUAAGGGUUCACAAGCUGAAGUGACUGUGAAAGAUUGUAAUGGGAGAGAAGCACAAAGAUCUUGUUCGAAACAAAAGAAGCAUAAAGAUUCGAGAGAGGAAUCCGUGGCUCAGAACAAGAGUGACAUGAAUGUAGAAUGUUCUAAUCCUGGUGGUAAGCACAUCGAUUCUCAUAAAUCUCGGUCCCCGCAUAUGAAGAAACAUGGCUCAAAAACACAUUCUGAUUUCAUACAAAACGAGGCAGAUAGCAUAGAACUUUCUCCCACAAAAGGAAGAUCAAACUCUAAAAAGGCUUUAAGACCAUCCCCAAACCAAGAUAACAAAAUCCAGCCUACUGAAGUUUCAACCAGUUCUCGAACAUCGCCAAGAAAAAAACACAGGACUCUGGUAGAUUUGGAUGUAAAGAGUAAAGAUACAAAUCCUUCACAAGAAAAGACAAAAGCUGACAGUAAAAUGUUGAGGGCAGACACAGCAGGGGAGAUGGUGAUUUGUAAUAACGAGACGGUGGUCUUCACAAAGAGGAAGAAGUGGAAGAAGGUGGUACGGUCAAGUCCUCAGAAGAAGGGGAGAAAGUUGUGCAAGCUGAAGCUGGAUGAGACCUCUUGCAGUGACUACUCCUGUACCUCCACCAUGACAUCUGAUGUAACACCAAGAAAGAAGGCUAUGCCCGAACAGGGCGAGUCUCAGUCUCCUGUGUUCAAACGAAGGUCAAGACACUCUAUCAAGGACCUGUGCCAUGAUGUCAAGGAAAAUCCUGAGUCUGUUGAACUGGAGUUGAAAACUCCCAAGAGAGAAAAGUUUUAUAAAAAAGGUGACAUUGAAAAUGAGGAGGGUGGAACAGAGGUGGACACACCAAAGAGUGGUUAUUGUACAACGCCCAGGCGGCGAGAUAGAUCUUGGAGAAGUUUGAGGUCCAACUUGGUGGAUGAGACUGUAUGUGAUGGUGAAGACAGAAGAGGGGAAAAAGAUGUUAAAUAUGUCCCUGAAACGACCCCUGUGAAAAGGGUCAUGAUGUCAAGGUCACGUACUAGUGAUACUGAGAUGUGUUGUUCGCCGUCAAGGUCAAGAAGAGCCAGGAAGUCUGAUGAAUCUUACCAGGACAUGUCUGAAGACAAGUCAACAGAAAGAAAGUGUUCCAAAAUCAGUGACUCUCCAAGGUCAAGGUCAAGGUCAACACGAAACAAGCCAUUUGAAUAUGGUGAAAAUGCUGCCAGUGCUAGUGUCCCACCUUCUCCAAAUGAGACUCUAAAGAAAUCUAGGUCAACGUCCACUGAGAAAAGUCCUAAAAGAAGGAAAAGCUCAUCACCUAAGAAAAAGGAAACGAGAGGCAAAAGAAAAUGGCGUCAAUCAAAACCAAGCUCGAGGAGAAAGACGGUAAAACUAAAUCGUAGUUGGUUGAUUCUCAGUGAAAGAAGCAUGUCGAAACUAUUGGAGAGCGAGGGAGACACACAACCAUUUCUCGGCUUCCAGAAAGAGGAGUCCGAUUCCAGACUUCCAUCAGACUUGACUUACGAAGAAGUGUCCGAAGUCGAUAUGAGCGACGAUUCUACGCGAGAGUGGGUCAUGGAUGAACCUGACCAAGAUGACGAACACAGAAACGACUCUGAGAAAAAUCAGGGUGAAGACGAUAUUGACAAUUUGUGGUUUCCCCAAUUCUUCCCUUCUCCAGACAAGGCUUCCAAUUCUUCCUGGGGCGAGGCUUGUGACAGCUUCCUCCAGACUGCCUGUGAGAGAAGGCUCAGCGGGCAGACCUGCAGUACCCCUCUUGUGUUGCCCAGCAACAAGGUGGGCACCCCAAGGAUGAGGAACAAGAGCCCAUACUGCAGUCCCCACAGACAGUUGGAUACUGUGAAAGAGGAUGAGGAUUUAGACAAGACUUUAGUAGCGUCCGAUUCCUACGAAACUCCCAAAAAGUCACGCAAAAUAUCUCCUCGAAAUUUAAACCGUGAUGAAUCGGUUGACAAAGGUAUUGUAUAUAACUUUAACUAUCGAAGUCCUCAGAAGGCGUCAAGGCUGGAUACCGGUCACGAAAGGUUCAGAGCAACAACUUCAAAGGAUGAUGGUCUGUGCUUAGAGUACAAUAAGUCUGUGGACUCGUCGGGUAGGAAGUUACGGCUGUUGAAGAAAGCCUCGAGUACGAAGAAGACGUUUCAUAUGAGUUAUGUAUCUAAACCUGUAAAGUCCCCCAAACCAGCCCACAGGAUCAACAUAUCUGCUGCAAGUACAGUUGUGGUGGUGUCUCCGAAAGGGAAGUUGAAGUAGGAUUGGUGGGCAACUUACAACUAAUCAGGGACAGAAAUGAUAUUCAUUUGUUGCAGAAUGUUUCUCAUUUAAAACUUUUUAAGGGGGGCACGGGUGGCCCAGUCAUCUAAUGCUCUGCUAUUCGUUGUGCAUAGUUGUGUCCUUUAGUCACACCCGAAACCUGUGAUCAUGGGUUCGAAUCCCAGUUUGCCCUGAUUAUGUUUCUGGGUUUGUCAGCACCAUACCUGUGCUUGUGGGUUUCAUCAAAGUGGUAAACGUCUGAGACCUGCAUCACUUAGGGCUUUCCUCCCACAUCAAGCUCACACGCCAUGGUGUAAUGGGAUAUUGUUAAAAGCGGCAUUAAACCAAAUUUACUAACAAAAACAUUUUAAGAUUCAUGGAAACAUUUGGGAUCAAAGGUGCUCAGACAUGGCUAAAUCUGAACUCUUUUGUAAAUAAGUCAGAAUGUCGACUCUCGUUAAGCUGUUGUUCAACUGACUGAAACCUGUUUUCUUGAACUUUGACUUUUAGGGAGCAGUUCAAAAGUUUGAUGUCCGAUAAAAUCUUAAUUCCUUAACUUUGGGGUUGUGUGGGUAAAAAGGUCAUGAUUUUAUAUCAAGUUAACUUUCCAGUGAUAUACAGUUCAAAUCAAUAAAUAACAGCUCUAUUUUUCACAUUCGCUGUGCAGAGUUGGGCCCCUUGGGCACGCCAGAAACCGAUGAUUGUUGGUUCGAAUCCCGGUUCGCCCCGAUUAUGUUUCUAGGUUUGUCAGCACCAUGCCCGUG